AUGCAGUGGCUGGACUCCACCGUGAGCCAGCAGUUUGCGCAGCGAGCCGCUGGCGGCGUCGUCCUUCUGCUGCUGCUGCAUUUCCUGUACAACGCCUUCUUCCACCCACUCCGCAACGUCCCUGGACCGGUCGCCGCUCGAUUCAGCAGUCUCUGGCUCAAUCGACGCUAUUUCCGAGGCUCGUGGCUGCAAGACGUCGUGCGCUUGCACGAGAAAUAUGGCCCCGUGGUGAGGAUCGCGCCGAACGAAAUCAGUUUCGUCGAUGAGGGCGCGCUCAAGGAGUUGUAUGGCCACGGCAAGCCGAGUCAAAAGACGUCCUGGUACGACACGUGGGUCAUCCCCGGCAUGGGCGACAGUUUCUUUGCCACGACGAAUCGCCAUGUACAUCGCCGCAUCAGGAGCCGCGUGUCCGGCACGUACUCCAUGUCGGCGAUCUUGUCCAUGGAGGAACUGAUCGGCGAAGUCAUGGAGCUCAAUAUUGCCAAGUUGCGAGAGCUCGCUACCAAAGACGAGCCGGUGCGCAUCGAUGAAUAUGCGAACUAUUUUACCUUCGACGUGGUCGGGCAAUUAUCCAUGGGCGGACCGAUCGGCUUCUUGGAACAGGGCAAAGACGUUGGCGGCAAUAUCCAGUCCAUUCAUGAUGGCUUCUACCUGAUGGCGAACAUGGGCCACGUGCCCGGGAAGAUGUUUUGGUUCAACAAUCCUGUGGCCCGCUUUCUGAUACGCAAAUUUGGAGGAGAGCGGAUGAACACGUUCGAGACCUUCCUGGGGUGGUUAGAAAAGCGUGUUGAUCAACGCAUGCAAGAGGGCUUGGGCGACAGGAGGUUUGACAUGUUGCAGUACUUCAUCAACGGCAAGACCCAAGACGGUAAGCCAGUGAGCAAGGGCGAAGUCAUGAUUGAGGGCGUGAAUAUCUUGGGCGCAGGAGCAGACACCACGGCAAUUGCAAUCUUGGCCGUCCUAGGCCAGCUCCUGCUACGAGACGACGCUCUGCAAAGAGUGAGAGCAGAAGUGGAUCAGGCUUAUGCUACAAAUGGUGCAUCGUUCCGAGAGUUGGAAAAGCUACCCUUCCUUUCAGCUGUGGUACGCGAAAGUAUGCGAUUGCAUCCGUCCAUUACCUAUCAGUUGCCCAGAGUUCCACCUGCUGGCGGUAUGCGAAUAGGGCAGUACCACAUACCGGGGACCGCAUCGUGUGGCAUUAGUCCUGCCGCGAUGAAUCGCUCUCACGACUUGUUCGGCAGCGAUGCGGACAAGUUCGUCCCAGAACGUUGGCUGCCUGCGGAUGAUAGCCCGGAAGAGGCAAAGCGGCUUCGAGUGAUGGAGCAAAAUCUGACCACAGUGAGUUGCAUUGAAAUGGAAAUUUUGCCACUGGAAGUAUUUGCUAACGAUUUGCGCUCCUCAGUUCGGCAUGGGAAGUCGUAG